GGAGACUUAUUGUUCCGACUCCAAACUAGGCAAGUCGCCUUGGCAUCCAUUCCGCGGGCCUACUCCCGCGCGAGUCAACGCUCCUCACUGCUUCAAUUUUCCUCUCAUCCCUUCUUUUAUUAUAUUUCAACUUUGUCGCAAGUUAAGCCAAUCAUGGGCAAGCGCAAGAAGUCAAGCUCCAAGCCCCAAGGGCCUAAGAAGAGGGAGCCUCUUGCUACCACAUUCUCCUGUCUCUUUUGCAACCAUGAGAACUCUGUGGUCGUCAAGCUAGACAAGAAGCUCGGCCUUGGCGAUCUAUCGUGCAAAGUUUGUGGUCAAAAGUUCCAGACUGGUAUCAAUUAUCUUUCUGCUCCCGUGGAUGUGUAUUCAGAUUGGGUAGAUGCAUGUGAUGCAGUUGCAAAGGAUACUGCCAAUCAGUAUGAUGCACCGGUUUCCAGCCACUUGGGACAAAGAGGGAUCAGCAAGCAGGGCAUAUCAGGAGAGACUGGGCAGGACGAUGGCUACGAUGAUGAUGAAUACUGA